AAGGGAUUCUCUCUCUUGGAGGCUUCCUGAGAGCAUAGAUGGAUGAGAAAAACUCAGCUGGCCCUGAAGCAGGAAGAGGCCAUGCCAUCAGAACCGGGAGCAGUGGGGGAUUCUGGGGAAAAACUGUGCAGAAGAUCCUGGGUGAGGAGGACACUCUCCGCUCAGAGGUGCAGAGCCAGCAAUUGAGGCAGUUCUGCUUCCAGGAGGCCAAAGGACCUCGAGAGGUUUGCAGCCGACUCUACCACUUUUGCCACCAAUGGCUGAAGCCAGAAAGGCACAUGAAAGCUGAGGUGCUGGACCUGGUGAUCUUGGAGCAGUUCCUGGCUGUCCUUCCCCCGGAGAUGGAGAGCUGGGUGAGGGACUGUGGAGCAGAGACCAGUUCCCAGGCAGUGGCCCUGGCCGAAGGUUUCCUCCUGAGUCAGGCAGAGGAGAGGAAGCAGGCAGAGCAGCAGAGACAGGAUCUGUUUGCAGAAAUGGGCCCAGAUUCCUCUGAGACCAAAAGGACUCGGUUGAAAACCAGAGAGAGGCUGCUGGGUGACCAGAUGAUGCCAGUAAGACCUCUUCUUCCAUCUAUUCCUGGUGGGGAAGGAGAAGCAACGGCUGUGGAAGCAGCUCAGGGUCCAGUGUGCUUUGAAGAUGUCACUGUUCGUUUCACAGAUGAGGAAUGGGCGUUGCUGGAUCCUGACCAGAGAGCUCUGCAUAAGGAAGUCAUGGAGGAGAAUUGUGGGAUAGUGGCCUCUCUCAGUGGUGAUGAUUUGGAAAUUGAGAGCGAGGAUGCCCAUGACAGAAUGCACACAGUGGAGAAGCCAUUGCCACUCUUGGAGUGUGGAGAGAGCUUGAGUCACAGCUCCCAUUCGACUACCCACCAAAGAAAUGCUAUUGGGAAGAAACCCUCUCAGUUCUCUGAAUGGGGGAAAACUUUCUGUUGGAAUGAAAGCCUCACUUCACAAGAAAUAAUUCCCACAGGGGAAGACCCACUGAAAUGCUUGGAAUGUGGAAAGAGCUUCAGUACGAGUGCACAUUUCAUUUCACAUCAAAUAAUUCAUACAGGCAAGAAACCCUAUCAGUGCUUGGAAUGUAGGAAAAGCUUUAAUACAAGCAAAACCUUCCGUAAACACCAAAGAAUUCACAGGGGGGAGAAGCCAUUUCAAUGCCGAGAGUGUGGAAAGAGCUUCAGUCAGAGAACCCAUCUCACAGCCCAUCAAAUAAUUCAUACAGGUGAGAAACCCUAUCAGUGCUCGGAAUGUGGGCGGAGCUUCAAUCACAGGACGACUCUCACGGUCCAUCAAAGGAUUCACAGUGGUGAGAAACCCUAUCAGUGCUCAGAAUGUGGAAAGAGUUUCACUGUGAGCUUCCAUCUCACUUCCCACCAAAUAAUUCAUACCGGGGAGAAACCAUAUCAAUGUGUGAAUUGUGGAAAGGGCUUCACCCAAAAGGUAAGUCUCACUUCCCAUCAAAGAAUUCACAGUGGUGAAAAACCUUAUCAAUGCAUGGAAUGUGGGAAGAGCUUCAGUCGGAAGCAAAGUCUCACUUCCCACCAAAGAAUUCACAGUGGUGAGAAACCCUAUCAGUGCUUGGAAUGUGGAAAGAACUUCAGUCUCAGGGCCCAUCUCACUACCCAUCAAAGCAUUCAUACCAGGAAGAAACCCUAUCAAUGCUUGGAUUGUGGAAAGAGUUUCCUACAGAGAGUUGAUCUCACUUCUCACCAAAGAAUUCACACAGGGGAGAAACCAUAUCAGUGCUUGGAAUGUGGGAAGAGCUUCACUGUGAGCGCUGGUCUUACUUCCCACCAAAAAAUUCAUAUUGAAAAGAAACCCUAUCAAUGCGUGAAUUGUGGAAAGAGCUUCACCCAGAAGCAAAGUCUCACUUCCCACCAAAGAAUUCACAGUGGUGAGAAACCCGAUCAGUGCUUGGAAUGCGGAAAGAGUUUCUGCCAGAGAGUCAAUCUCACUCACCACCAAAGAAUUCACACAGGUGAAAAACCCUAUCAGUGCUUGGAAUGUGGGAAAAGCUUCAGUCUGAAGCAAAGUCUCACUUCCCACCAAAGCAUUCAUACCGGGGAGAAACCCUAUCGAUGCUUGGAUUGUGGAAAGAGUUUCUGCCAGAGAGCUGAUCUCACUUCCCACCAAAGAAUUCACACAGGAGAGAAACCCUAUAAGUGCUUGGAAUGUGGAAAAAAUUUCCGCCAGAAAGUCAACCUCACUUCCCACCAAAGAAUUCACACAGGGGAGAAACCCUAUCAGUGCUUGGAAUGUGGAAAGAGUUUCCGCCAGAAAGUCAACCUCACUUCCCACCAAAGAAUUCACACAGGGGAGAAACCCUAUAAGUGCUUGGAAUGUGGAAAGAGCUUCAGUCAUAAGCAAAGUCUCCCUACCCAUCAAAGAAUUCACAGUGGUGAGAAACCUUAUCAGUGCUUAGAAUGUGGGAAGGGCUUUGGUAAGAGGACCAAGCUCAUGGCCCAUCGACGAACUCACAGUGGUGAGAAACCCUAUCAAUGCUUGGAUUGUGGAAAGAGCUUCAGCCAAAGGGCCAAUCUAACUUGCCAUGAAAGAAUGCACACAGGGGAGAAACCGUAUCACUGCUUGGAAUGUGGGAAGAGCUUCAACCAGAAGCAAAGUCUCACUUCUCACCAAAGAAUUCACACAGGGGAGAAACCUUAUCAGUGCUUGGAAUGUGGAAAGAGCUUUGGUAAGAGGACCAAGCUCAUGGCUCACCAAAGAAUUCACAGUGGUGAGAAACCCUAUCAAUGUGUGAAAUGUGGAAAGAGUUUCUGCCAGAAAGCCCAUCUCACUUCCCACCAAAGAAUUCACACAGGGGAGAAACCCUAUCAGUGCUUGGAAUGUGGGAAGAGCUUCACCCGGAAGGACAACCUCACUUCCCACCAAAGAAUUCACACAGGGGAGAAACCAUAUCAGUGCUUGGAAUGUGGAAAGAGCUUCAGUAAGAGGACCAACCUCGUGGCCCAUCAAAGAAUCCACACUGGGGAGAAACCCUAUCAGUGCUUGGAAUGUGGGAAGAGCUUCACCCGGAAGGACAACCUCACUUCCCACCAAAGAAUUCACAGUGGUGAGAAACCAUAUCAGUGCUUGGAAUGUGGAAAGAGCUUCAGUAAGAGGACUAACCUCAUGGCCCAUCAAAGAGUUCAUACAGGGGAGAAUCAUAGAAUUUUAGACCUGCAGGAGACUUCUGGGUCGUCUAGUCCACUGCAGGACUCUCAACUAAAGCUUCCAUGACAUAUUGCCUUCAAACUUCUCCUUACAAACCUCCAAGGAAGGAGAGUCCACAACCUUCCAAGGGCAUCUCUAAUUUGAAGCCAUUGAUUUGGGUGCCAGCCUCCAGAGCCGGUGAAAACAAGCUUGUUCAAGCUUCCACGUGACAGCCCUUCCUGUUCCUCAGAAGACUUGGUUUCCCAACGCUUAAUUGUCUUGCUCACCCCCCUCUGCACACCUUCCAGCUUGUCAAAAUCCUUCUUAAAUUGGGGCACCCAGAACUGGACACAGGACUCCAGGUGUGGUCUGAACAAGGCAGAAGAAAGUGGGACUAUUACUUUUCUUGAUCUGGACACUUGACUUCUUUGGACGCAGCCUAGAAUAACAGCCUAUUUCGCUGAUGUUGACUCAUGUUAGUCUUGUGGUCCACUAAGACCCCAGGUCUUUUCCAUAUGUACUACUGACAAGCCUGGUAUGUCCCAUCUUAUAUUUGUGCACCUGAUUCGUCUUGCCUAAGAGCAGAAUCUUACCUUUCUUCUUAGCGAAAUUUAUUGGAUGCCUUUAUAUACCACCUGUUUCUUCAAGAAGCUCAGUGUCGUCUUAAGUCGUUCUCCCCCUCAUCGUUUAAUCCUGACAACAACCCUGUGAGGUAGGUUGGGCUGUGAAGCCAUCACCCAGUGAGCUUCAUGGAUGAGUGGGUAUUGGAACCCAGGUCUCCCAGUUCCUAGUCCAAAACUCUUAAGCACUGCACCCCACUGGCUCUCGAAUGAGACUCUUGGAAAGUGCAUGCAUGCGCAUUUACCGAAAGUUUCAGUGCAAUGUCUUGGUGUUUGUAUUUAAAGUUUUAUACGCAUGUAUCAAUGACAUUAAUAUAAUAAUGGUAAUUAUUUAAUUACAGUAGAAGAGUAAAUUUUAGGAAAUGCUAGAUGGUGAUAGGGGUAGUUUGGAGUUUGGAAUGCUGGGAUUGAGCAAUUGAACUGAACAAUUUCCACAUAAAUCACAAGAUCUAAAAUAUAAAAACAAAACACCAACAGCAACAACCCCCCCAAAUUCAAGAGUCUGUUCAGCAGCCUCAGCUUUUGCAGCUGGAGUCAAUCCAGGCUCUGCCCUCCCAGGCUAGGUGGAAAAGGUCUCUAAGGAGAGAGCCCGUCUUCUGGGACCUGCAGCCAAGAUGGUUGGCUGCAACCAUUGGAGGGUGGAAUGGAAUGGGACAGUGGUGGCAAUU